CCCGGAUAUACUUGAGUAGUUGACGGCGGCAGUGCAGGCAGAGCACGCGCAUAACAGGCGGAACGUUUCAACGAAGUACCUUCCACUCAAAUGUUCGAGUGCUGUUUUGUUUGAGGACACUACCGAAGCUCUUCACUGAACAAGUGCCACAUGAUGAAUUCUGGUACAGCUUCACGCAAAAAAACAAAGAGCCAGCAUGCACCACUUGGUGGUUCCAUCUCCAGUGGCCUCAAAGAAAUUCACAUCAAUGAAGAAGUCAAGAUAGCAGUGAGUCUCUCUCUCGAGAAGUUCCGCUAUACUGACCAGAAAGAGAUGGAAUUUCCUUCCUCCUUGUCCAGUACUGAGAGGGCUUUCAUUCAUCGAAUGGCUCAGUCCCUGGGUUACAUUUCUAAGAGCAAAGGGAAAGGACCAAAUCGCUUCCUGACCAUUAAGAAGAAGGAUGGUUCAGACAAACCUCGGCCUCCCAUGCCCCUCACUCUCACCCACAAUUCAUUAUAUUUUAUCCGCAGCCUGCUUCAGAGGUUUCCCAUCACCAAUAAGGAACGCGCUGACCUGCAACUCAACAACAGAAAUGGCAUGUCUGUGGCUGCAGAGCCUGACAGCAGUUGUGACAGGAACAGGGCAAGCGGGCGCUUAAACAAUGGCGUACCCAAGGUGCCUGGAAGGAGGAAUCCAUCAGAGCUGGACAGUUUUCGACGCUCCCUGCCUGUGCAUGAAUUGCAGGUGGAGAUUAUUCAGCUUAUCAGAGACAAUAGGGUGGUUCUGGUGGUGGGAGAGACUGGCUCUGGAAAGACUACACAGAUCCCACAGUUCCUGCUGGAUGAGUGCAGCAGGAAUGAUGAGCCCUGCAGGAUCUUCUGCACUCAGCCCAGACGUCUGGCUGCCAUUGCUGUGGCUGAGAGAGUGGCAGCUGAGAGAGGAGAGAGCGUGGGCCAGACUGUUGGUUAUCAUAUAAGACUGGAGAGCAGGGUAUCCCCCAAGACAGUGCUGACCUUUUGCACCAGUGGAGUGUUCCUGAGAACACUGAUGGCUGGAGAUGCAAGCCUGACAACUGUUACACAUGUCAUUGUGGACGAAGUGCAUGAGCGUGAUGGUCUCACUGACUUCCUCCUCACUAAAAUGCGGGAUGUGCUUCAGAGGAUCCCUACACUGAAACUGAUCCUUUCCAGUGCUGCUCUAGAUGUAGACCUGUUCCUUCGGUACUUUGGCUCCUGCCCUGUUAUCAAGCUUAAAGGAAGACAGUUUGAAGUGAAGGAACUCUUUCUGGAGGACAUUCUGAGACUGACGGGCUUUAACAGUAAGGACAUGAGGAAAUACAACGAAGAGACACAAAGAAAGGAGAAGAAGAAGAAAUGUUUGACGGAGUGGUGUGAGGCAGUGGAGCACAGUUCUGUUAAAGAGGAAAAGGUGACCUCUUUGUCUGCCCCAGCCUUCCUUCAGAGCAUCAGUUCCCUGGAAAGAGGGGACAGCAUUUUCAACAAGCCAAAUGAGAAUGGCACAGAACUGUUGGAGCCAUGGCUGCUGAAAGAGAUGGACUCUUGCAUUUCCAACAUCUUCCUCAAUGAAGACCAGGAUGCUUUUAUUCAGCUCUUCAACCUCAUCCUCUAUGAAAAUGUUGAUGUGGACUACAAGCACAGUGAGACAGGGUCCACACCUCUGAUGGUGGCAGCAGGUCGGGGGUUCCUCACGCAGAUGGAGCAGCUGCUCAGCAUGGGGGCUGACAUCAGCAUAAAGGCAUCCAAUGGAUGGACGGCCUUAGACUUUGCCAAGCACUUCCAGCAGAAAGAUGCGAUGGAUCUACUCAAAUCCUCCAUUCCUCUGGGCGAGGUGAGUUGCCUGGAUGAAUCCACUCUGGUGCAAUGUGGCAGUGCACAGCUGAGCAAUGAAGAGCUGGAGCUGCUCAGACUGUACCACCACAGCUUUGACGAUGAGCUGGUGGACCUGGACCUCAUUAUGAAUCUGCUGCACAACAUCUGCAGCACCACCAGUGAAGGUGCUGUCUUAAUUUUUCUUCCUGGAUACGAUGAGAUUGUGGGACUCAGGGACCGCGUCCUGUAUGAUGAUAAGAGAUUCUCCUCCUGUUCUGACAGGUACCAGGUGUUCACUCUGCAUUCAGACAUGCAGACUCUGGAUCAGAAGAAAGCCAUGAAAACCUCUCCACCUGGUGUCAGGAAGAUAAUUCUUUCUACCAACAUUGCUGAGACGAGCAUUACCAUCAAUGAUGUCGUGUUUGUCAUUGAUUCAGGGAAGGUCAAAGAGAAAUCCUUUGAUACUCUCAGUCAUGUAUCCAUGCUGAAGACAGUUUGGAUCUCGAAAGCCAGCGCUCUGCAAAGGAAGGGAAGAGCUGGGCGCUGCAGGCCGGGGGUUUGCUUCCACCUCUACAGUCGACUCAGGUUCAACAACAUGCUGGAAUUUCAGGUUCCACAGCUGCUGCGGAUGCCGCUGCAGGAACUGUGUCUGCAGACCAAACUGCUGGCUCCAUCCUCCACUCCAAUAGCCGAGUUUUUGUCCAAAGCUCCACAGCCUCCUUCUGCACAUGCCAUCAAGAAUGCUGUGCAGAUGCUGAAGAAAAUAGAUGCUAUGGACCAGAGUGAAGACCUGACUGACCUGGGCUACCACCUGGCUGAUCUACCUGUGGAGCCCCACCUGGGCAAGAUGGUGUUGAGCGCUGUGGUGCUCAAGUGUCUGGACCCCAUUCUAACCAUUGCCUGCACACUUGCCUAUCGUGACCCCUUCAUCCUUCCUGCACAGGGCUCUCAGAAAAGAGCUGCUCUCCACUGUCGCAAACGUUUCACUUCCAGCACCUUCAGCGACCACAUGGCCCUACUAAGAGCCUUCCAGGCAUGGCAGAAGGCCCGCAGUGAUGGCUGGGAGAGAUCCUUCUGUGAGAAAAACUUCCUGUCCCAGGCCACCAUGGACAUGAUACUUGGCAUGAGAACACAGCUGCUGGGACAGCUCCGUGCUAUUGGUUUUGUGCGGGCCCGUGGAGGCAGUGAUAUCCGUGAUGUGAAUCUUAACUCCGAGAACUGGGCUGUUGUGAAGGCAGCACUGCUGGCUGGGAUGUAUCCAAACCUGGUCAAUAUUAACCAGGAGACCUCUGUGCCUUCCAGUGAGAGGGAAAAGAAGGUCCACUUCCAUCCUACAUCUGUCCUGAGCCAAGCUCAGUUCAAGGAGAACAGCCCAGCUAGAUCGUGCCAGGCCUAUCCCACAGACUGGUUGGUCUAUGACGAGAUGAGCCGAGGCCACAAAGUGGCUACUGUGCGCUGUUGCUCCAUGGUGACUCCCGUGACUGUGGCCAUAUUUGGAGGUUGUGCCAAACUACCCAGCUCUGCCCUGCAGGAACCUUCUGCACAGACAGGUACAGACAAUCCACUAGGUGAUGUCAGUGACAGUGAGACAGAGGACCUGGCUGAGUUGAGGAUUGAUGACUGGCUUGUUUUCCAAAUGGACAGAGAGGCUGCAGGACUGGUGUUUGAAUUGAGGCAGAAAUGGCAAAAUUUGUUCACCAAGCGGAUCCGUUGUCCUUCGAAGCCGUGGUCUCAACAAGACGAGGCCAUCAUUCGCACCCUGGUUUCCGUGCUUGCAACAGAGGAGCAGAAGGUUGGUCUGCAGCAGCCCACAGGAAUUGGCCAGCGUCCCCGGCCCAUGUCAUCGGACGAGGUAGCCCAUGCUUCUGUGAAGAACCCCAAGAACAGCCCUCAACUACCCAUCCACACCACAAAUGACAAGUCUUGUAAGAUGCCAGCAGCCUCAAGUCGGAUUCAGGUGAAAGCUCACAGCAGAGAUGAGGCCUCGCUGCCUGUAAAUCAGCUCUCUGAUGACCCUCACUGCUCCAGUAGUUCAUCCUGCUCUAUGACUUUGGACAGUCUCUCUGGUAGUUCCUCUACCUCCACCUCAGUAAAGCAGGUCUCAAAACCAUUGUCUCAGUUGAUCAUUUCAUCAGUGCGGUACUUCAUCAUGAAGAGCAGCAACAUCAGGAACAUAGAAAUAUCUCAGCAGAAAGGUAUCUGGUCCACCACUCCAAGCAAUGAGACCAAACUCACCAAGGCCUUCCUGGAGAAUAACCUCAUCAUCCUCAUCUUCUCUGUUCAGGGCUCUGGACACUUCCAGGGCUAUGCUCAUAUGGCAUCAGUCAUCAGUCAGGAGAGCUGCCAGGACUGGGACUUCAUAGGACUAGGAGGGGUUUUCAGUGUGGAGUGGAUCCACAAGGAGAGUCUUCCCUUCCAUUGCACCCAACACAUUCUCAACCCAUGGAAUGACAACAAGAAAGUCCAAAUCAGCAGGGAUGGACAGGAGUUGGAGCCACAGGCAGGCAGCCAGCUGCUAUUACUGUGGGAGAAAAAAUCUGGAAAUCAAGUUCAGUAAGAGUUAGCAGCAGAUCACCUCCAAGCACUACAGUCACUAAGUUUUGCUCUUCCUCAACCAAAUGUGAUUACAUGCAUAUAUUGUAUAGCAAUUGUGUAUCAGUUAGAGGAUAUUUAAGAAAAGGCAAGAUGGCAGGGCAUCGGCGAGCAGAAGUUCAUCUCCGGUUUAUCUGUUUUCGUUUAUUUAAUAAGCAUGCUCCCAUUCUGUUUUUAUUCCUUGUAUUCCUUGUACAAUGGUGUGUUCUUAUCAAGCAGUUUGUUAAAAUAACUAAACAAGUCUUUCAAAAGUAUGACAUCAUUUAGGAUGGAUGUAACAUGUUUGUAUCACUAAUGUUUGGUUUGAAAAAUAAAGAGGUUAUUGUAGUUCAUACAGUCUGCCGUAGUGAUGUCCAGUUAGUUUUCAUGCUGAUGUUUUGACAGACUGAUAUGUACACACUAUUGACAGCACAGAAACAAUGUUUCUUUGCACUGAACUCUGAGAGUGGCUUUCUUAGAACUGUUAAAUAAAAUAAUAAAAUAAACGUUCUAUAUGUAGUGCCUCAGGCUCUACUGUGCAUCAUCAGGGACGAUUUAUGAGAUGCAAAUAUUUGUUAGCUUUUUCUUUUCUUAUAUACUUUGUUAGCACAUGAAACUUUCAAUUUAAAUUUCAUUUUUGUUGCUGUAUGAAGAGGGGUGAACCUGACUGUUAAGGCAUCCACAAGAUUCUUUUAAUGGAAUGACAAAAAUAAAGAAUCACUUCCUCUUUCA